UCUUACAUAUAUUAUUAAUACUAUAGUAGUUACCUACAUAGAUAUUUUAUUUUUUUGCAUUUCUAUAUUGUAUUUUGCAAAAUGUCAAAUAAUCGAUACGUAAGUAAUUCCUCGCGAGGAAUAUUUGACGACGAUGAUGAUGUAGACGACAAUGAAUUUUUGUCCCGUGUUCGACCUAACGUUAACUAUAGAAACGACCUUUUGGGUAAUCAUUUUGGCAAUCAAGAAUUAGAAAAUGCUCAUAGACAAAAACAGCAAGUUAUAGAAACAACAAGAGAUGUAGAACAAAGAACUUUACAGUCUACAGAAAGAACAUUACGUUUACUCAGAGAGUCUGAAAAUAUUGGUACUGCUACAGCUGAAGAAUUGGUUAGACAAAGAGAACAGUUACAAAAUACUGAUAAACGGCUUGAUGAAAUUAAUUCUAACUUACGUGUCAGCCAAAAACAUAUACAAGGAAUUAAAAGUAUUUUUGGAAGUUUUAAAAAUAUGCUUAGUGGUAAAUCAAACUUACCAUCUCGUAGUGUAUCAACUGAAGUCGAGCCAACAGCUCCAUUAACAAAUGAAGUUCGUAGAAGUACAUUAAGUGAAACCUUAAUGCAAGCAAAUUCUAAUAUUAGCUCUAUGGAUCAACAUCCUGGUUUAAGAAUCAGAGGAUUGGUAGAUAAUGAAUCAACUACACCAACUGAUGUACAAUCUAGUUUAGAUAACAAUUUGGAUGAAAUUCUUGGAUCAGUAACUCGAUUAAAAGGUUUAGCAUUGGGGCUUGGUGGAGAAAUUGAUUCUCAAAAUGAUUUAGUCGAAAACAUUAUUGGUAAAGCAGACAAAGCUGACAUAAAUAUGGAGCGCCAAAACAAAGAGAUAAAUCGUAUUUUAAAAAAAUAAUCAAUUAUAUUGUGUAACAUUCCUAUCACAUUAGAUAUAAUUUUAAAAUAAG